AUGGGAUUCGGUCAAUUCGACUCGAUAUGUGAGAAGGUGCCGCUGCCGUUGUGCUCCCUGGUGGGCCCAGCGUCCUCCAUCUCCGGCUCUACAGGCAUCAUCUCCAACUGUUAUGCGCGCAAUAUCGAAGUCGCGAAUACCAUGAUCUUCGAGGGUGCAGCCUCAUUCAUGCACAUUAUUGCGCUUGGCAUGACGGUGAUCAUGAUCCUGCAUAUCAGGUCCAAAUUCACCGCUGUUGGUCGCAAGGAAAUUAUCACCUUCUUUUACCUCUUCCUCGCUCUCACUAUCUGCUCACUGAUCAUCGACGCGGGUGUUGUUCCCCCUAGGAGCGGUCCGUUCCCGUACUUUGUGGCUGUACAGAGCGGAUUGAUAUCGGCCCUUUGUGCGUGCUUACUUGUCAAUGGAUUUGUUGGCUUCCAGCUGUACGAGGAUGGCACGGCCCUCUCUGUCUGGCUGAUCCGAAUCCCAUCCGUGGCCAUGUUUGCUAUGACUUUUGUGAUUGCGCUGCUGACUUUCAAGUCAUGGGGCGGACUGGGACCGGAGAACACAGUCGGCCUAUUCAUUGUGCUUUACCUUUUGAAUGCUAUCGCUGUCGCUGUCUACAUUGUGAUGCAACUUCUGCUAGUUGUUAACACUCUGGAUGACCGCUGGCCUCUGGGUCACAUUUCCUUCGGUGUGCUGGUAUUUAUUAUCGGCCAAGUUCUUCUCUAUGCAUUCAGUGAUACUAUCUGCAACAACGUGCAACACUACGUGGACGGACUCUUUUUCGCUACAUUUUGCAACCUGCUUGCCGUAAUGAUGGUUUACAAGUUCUGGGACUCGAUCACCAAGGAAGAUCUCGAGUUCUCGGUGGGUGUCAAGCCGAACACAUGGGAAGUGAAGGAGCUAUUGCCGGAAGAAGAUCGCCGACAGACGGUCUACCAGGAUACCAACUCCGAGUAUGCGGGCAGCAUGUACCAUCAUCGCGCGUCGACACACGGCCAUCAUAAUUACUAA